ACACUACAAAAAGAAUAUAAUCCAGAUUUUAUUAUCUGUUUACUAAUGGACAGUGGAAAUUUGGUUGAAACGUUCAUUAAUUAAUGAUCCUCCAAAUCUGGGUUUAAUUCCUUUUUCAAAAUCUUUUGACACUUCAUAAAUAUCUUUUUGGGAGUACAGAAGAGCAAACACGAGUCCAUAACUGAUGACGAGAAUUGAUGAUCUUCUUGCCAAAACUCAUCUUUACUCCUUUAGUAUGGAGAAAUUUGAAACCUGACCAAAAAAAAAGUUGAACCAGUGAAAAGAAGAAGAGAGUCAUAGUAGAGAAGAAUCGUCAAUGACAAAGGAUUGUUGCAUCUGGUUUAUUUUUGUAUAGUAGAUUUUCCAUAUGAUCAAUUCGACACUUUACUUGUUAAGUUGUUACCAAGACAUAUUGCCCCAAAAAUGCUACAAGUGUCUCGUAUUUUAUUAAUAUAUUUAUUACUACUGUUGGCAUGGUUUUCAACAUUAUUAUUUUUGUCAUGUGUCAACGAUCUAAUAGAAACAAAGAAAAACUACAUCAAGAAUUGACUUUUGAGAAUAUCAGUAUUUCAACUUCGAUGCAUAAAAUUAGGGCAGGACACGGAUCAGAUAUCCAGGUUUUCGGAUUCUUGGAGAUAUUUGUGGUUUAUUUCAUAUGUUAUGGAUAUCAAUUUUCGAUUUGCUUUGCUUUGGAAAAAUACGGAUAUUCGAAAAAUAUGUUGAUAUUUGCAGAUAUUUACGAUACUUACGGAUAUAUCUUUCUGUUUUACAGAUAAUCUAAAAAAAUCAAGAUAAAUUUGUUCUUUGAAAUAUUUUUACAUGAUAUAUAAAAUAUAAAAUAAAAGAAGCAGUGAAACUAUAUGUUUGUAAAUUUUAAAAUUAGAUUUUAAAAAGACAAACUUAAGAAAAAGUUAUAUAGAUCAUACAUUUUUUCUUUUCUUUUUUGAUUUAAUACUUUUAUAAGUAAUAAUGUGAAUAGAAUUUAUUAAAUCAUAUGUUAAAAUAACAAUUAUAUAAACUCAUACAUUUAAAAAUCUACAUUUGAUCAAUAUAUAUAUAUAUGUAUGUAUUUAUAUAUUGGUCGAAGCGGAUCAUAUAUCCACUUCUUAAUUUUAUUAUUUGUGAGUUGCUUCAUUUUUAACGGAUAUUAAUUUUUAUUAUUUACUUUGCUCUGAAACUUUAUAGAUAUCCAGAUUUUUCGGAUUGAAUCGAAAAAAAUAACGGAUUAAAUCAAAUUUAACGGAUAAAAUGCUCAACCCUACUUAAAAUAUGUUAUGUACUAAAAAGUUCAUUAUCCUCUAGCUGUAUUGUAGACAUCGAUUAUAUCAUUACACCCCUUGUCGCAUUAAACAUACAUAUGAGACGUGAAUAGAGGUGAAAUUUUAGAAACGUUACAAAAUCUAAGAGCUUCCAUAUAUAAUGCUAACAUAGUAGCGAUCAAUCAACUUUUGAUUAGAUGGUAAUGUUGUAAUGCUUUAGGUUUAGCAAUAGUAACACUCAACAAGUCGGGUUAGAUUUGGCAUAGUUAAGUUUUGCCUAUUUAUUUUUUCAUAUAUUAUUUAUGCGACUAAAUUAUUUGUACACUAAGAUAUUUUAUGCAAUAUGGAGAAACAAUCUUCACGUUCGCUUCUAGCCAUUAGCCGCAUCUAUUCAUACGCCUGACACAUUGAUACCAUUUGUAUGUUGCUUUUGUUCUCACCCGGCGAUGAACACACAACAUAACCUCUCUAAGUCUCUCCAGUUACAGUCACAGUUAACACUUUCAUUUAUUGAAACUUCACUUGUCAACGUGAUAAGUGGCUCGGUCAUGUAAUUCAGACCUGUUUACUCACGAUUAAUGUGACAAAAAGCUAAAAAACAUCAUGUACUUAAAAAAUACAUAGUGCAUCUUAUUUUAAUAGUAUAUAUUUACUAUUGUUGGCAUUGUUUUCAACAUUACUAUUUUUGUCAGAUGACAUCGUUCUAAUAAAGCAAAAAACUACGUCAAGAUUUGACUUUGAGAAUCUCAAAACUUUAAAUACUAAUUUUUCGUACGAAAACAUUAUCCUCUCUAGCUGUAUUGUAGAAUGUAGACCUCGAUUAUAUCGUUACACCGUUUUUCGCAUUAAAUACACACAUGACUACAUGAGAAUAUACAUGUAAUAAUUUAGAAAAAUAAGCAAAAAAUGUUACAAAAUCUUUUUAGAGUUUUCCAUAAUGCUAACAUAGCAGCGAUCAAUCAACUCUUAAUUCAUUAAAUGGUAAUGUUGUAGUGUUUUAGGUUUAGCAAUAUUAACUGGUUACAAAAGUUAUGUUCCCACACAUUAUUAGGUAAAACAAAAGUAUAUAAAGUCAACGCAACUCGCUCACCACCUUCUUGUAAAGUUGUAUAAUCUAAAAAGUAACAAAGGAAACAAUAAUAUAAAUGAUAAGAUAGAGUGAGAGGCAAAACCAAGCGUGAAAGAGGGAUAAGAAGAAGGAGAGAAAGAAUGUCCAUGACGACUUCAGAGGCGAGAUCGCCGGUACCGUUGUUAUUGAGAAGAGGUAGGUCUUCCACGGCGUUAGGGACGUCGGAAGAGAGAUCACCGUUAUCUUUACUGUUCAGAAGAAGGUCGAGCAAAGAUGUGGGGAACAUAACGUCCGUUUCAAGCAGUCUCUUGCCUGCGUUUGGGACAGUCAUCGAAAACGAUAAUAACCCUUCUUCCAAAUCUUUCAUCGUUCUUCCUUAUGAUCGUCGUUACAGGUUGUGGGAAUUGCUUUUGGUGAUUUUGGUGGGUUAUUCGGCAUGGGCAUCUCUCUUCGAGUUAGCUUUCGAGAAAGCUGCUGAUGGAGCUAUUCCGACCAUUGAUCUCGUCGUUGACUUUUUCUUCGCCGUCGAUAUCGUCCUCACUUUUUUCGUUGCCUACUUGGAUACUUCUACUUACCUCAUCGUCGACGACCACAAGCUCAUCGCCAGACGGUACUUGAAGAGCGUGGCCUUUGUGAUGGACGUCUUAUCAACGUUACCGAUUCAGUUCAUUUAUAAAGCGAUUACCGGAAAUAUCGGACGAGGCCAAGCUUUCGGCUUCCUUAACUUGCUCCGCCUCUGGCGUCUCCGUCGCGUAGCUGAACUCUUUAAAAGACUAGAGAAAGACACACUUUUCAACUACUUCGUGGUCAGAGUCAUUAAACUUCUUUGCGUAUCGAUAUUUUGGGUACACACGGCGGGUUGCAUUUUAUUCUGGAUAGCCUACCAUUAUCCAAGGCCUGUAGAUACAUGGAUAGGAUCACAAGUUGAGGAUUUCAAGGAAAGAAGCAUAUGGCUAGGCUACACAUACUCAAUGUACUGGUCCAUUGUCACACUCACCACCGUGGGAUAUGGCGAUUUGCAUGCAGUUAAUACCCGUGAGAAGACAUUCAACAUGUUCUACAUGCUUUUUAACAUUGGUCUUGCCGCUUAUAUCAUUGGUAACAUGACCAAUCUUGUUGUCCAUAGCGCUCUACGUACAUUCACCAUGAGGAGUGCCAUCAAUCAUAUACUGCGGUAUACAAAUAAGAAUAAGUUACCGGAUAUGAUGAGGGAGCAGAUGCUUGCGCAUGUGCAGCUCAAGUUCAAGACUGCAGAGUUAAAGCAAGAAGAGGUUCUCCAAGACUUACCUAAGGCCAUAAGAUCAAGCAUUAACGAACAUCUAUUCCGCUCCGUGAUCGAGAAUGCUUAUCUUUUUAAAGGAUUCCCCGAUGGUCUCAUCAUCCAGCUAGUUUCUCAUAUAAAAGCAGAGUAUUUUCCGCCUAAAAUGGAGAUAAUAUUGCAGAAUGAGAUUCCAACGGAUUUCUACAUAAUUGUAUCUGGAGGAGUGGAAAUAAUUAGAUCCAAGGGGGCGAGUGAACAGGUAUUGGCUAAGUUAGGUCCAGGGGAUAUGGUAGGAGAGAUUGGAGUUGUCUUCAACAUUCCCCAGCCUUUCACUGUGAGGACAAGGAGACUUUCACAAGUUAUUCGAAUCAGUCAUCAUAAGUUCAAAGAAAUGGUUCAAUCUGAUGCUGACGACGCCAAAAUGAUCAUCACCAAUUUCAUGGCUUAUCUCAAGGAACUAAAUGAUGAAUUGAAGAAAGAAAUCCCUUUUCUUAGAGAUUUAUUAGCCAAUGCAGAUGCUCAGGAAAUGGUCCAGACAGGAGAAUCACAACAAAGUUACAAUGAGGAGAUGGUUACGUUCUCGAAAGAUGAAAAUGAAAAUAAACAAGAGCCAAAAAGAGAGGGAGUUCCCAAGAGAGUGAUAAUUCAUGGGCAUCCUCCUAAUCAAGGUAACAACAAGAAUGGUGAUUCCAGUGGUAGACUUAUCAUUUUGCCUGAUUCUCUUCCACUUCUGUUCGACUUAGCUGGUCAGUUUCAGUCUUUCACUACUCAUAUGUUAUUCAUCUUUAUAUUUUUGGUAUUAUAUAUACGUAUAUCGAUUCUAUAUCAGUUACUGUAUCAAUAUAUAUGGUGA